AUGCCUCCUCAACUCCCCACCCGCAAGCUGGGCAAGAACGGCCCCGAGGUUACCGCCCUGGGUCUCGGGCUCAUGGGAAUCUCGGCCUUCUACGGCGCCACCCAGCCCGACGAGGAGCGCUUCAAGGUCCUCGACCGCGCCUACGAGCUGGGCCAGACCUUCUGGGAUUCCGCCGACAUGUACCAGGACUCGGAGGACCUGAUUGGGAGGUGGUUCAAGCGGACCGGCAAGCGCGACGAGAUCUUCCUGGCGACCAAGUUCGCCAACAAGUGGACCAAGGAUAGCAUGACGGUCGAUUCGUCGCCCGAAUACUGCAAGGAGGCGUGCGAGAGGAGCUUGAAGAGGCUGGGCAUCAAGACCAUCGACCUGUACUACGUCCACCGCGUGGACAAGGUGACGCCUAUCGAGAAGACCGUCGAGGCUCUAGUCGAGUUGAAGAACGAGGGCAAGAUCAAGUACCUCGGGCUCUCGGAAGUCUCGGCCGCGACCCUCCGCCGCGCCUGCAAGGUGCACCACAUCGACGCCGUCCAAAUGGAGUACUCGCCCUUCAGCAUCGACAUCGAGAAGCCGCAGAUCGACCUGCUGCGCACAUGCCGCGAGCUCGGCGUCGCAGUCAUUGCCUACUCGCCCCUCGGACGCGGAUUCCUCACAGGCCAAUACCGGUCACGGGCCGACUUCGAGGAGGGCGACUUCCGCCUCAUCUCGCCGCGCUUCUCCGAGGAGAACUUCCCCAAGAACCUGAAGCUGGUGGACGGCAUCGCGGCGCUGGCGCAGAAGAAGAAGAUCACGCCGGGCCAGCUGACGCUGGCGUGGCUGCUGGCGCAGGGCGACGACAUCAUCCCGAUCCCCGGCACCAAGAAGAUCAAGUACCUGGAGGAGAACCUGGGGGCGCUGGACGUGAAGCUGACGAGCGAGGAGGAGAAGGAGAUCCGGCAGUUGGUGGAGGCGGCGGAGGUGCACGGGGGUAGGUACGCGGAUACCAUGGUUAGUCACUUGUUUGCGGACACGCCGCCUCUGUAA